UCGAUCAUGGCCAUCCUUCGGCUGGUGCUAUGCGUAACCGGCGUGUAUUCGUGCUUUCUGUUAUGGGCCAUAGCCCAAGAACGACUUUCCGUUCCUUUUGCCUCCAUUGAUGGGUCAAGCUCUCAAAAAUUCAAGUCUGUCAUGUUUCUGGGGACGUGUCAGAGCGCGUUGAGUGUUGUCUCCGCGUUUCUCUACAUGUUAUUACGCCGCAAACCAUCGCAAACCUUCACCGACCUCCUUGGACUUGAGCAUACCCCAACCCCUGGCCACCAAACCAGCGACAAGCACCCCUCCAAACCCGACACUCGCUAUUCGCGCACAAAUCUCCUCCUUCGCUACCUCCAAUGUUCCAUAUUCAUCACUUCCGCCGCGCCGUUUGGCUUUGCCUCUCUGUCGUAUAUCUCUUACCCCGCGAUGGUCCUAGGCAAAUCCUGUAAACUCGUCCCAGUGAUGAUUAUGAAUGUUCUCUUGUACCGCCGCAAGUUUGCCCCACACAAAUACCUUGUCGUGGCCAUGGUCACCACCGGAAUCACCAUUUUCAUGGGCCUCGCCCCUUCAAAGCCUGCAAAAGCCAAAGCCUCUGUCACCCCGAAUGGGAAUCUCAUCGGGCUGACCUACCUCCUCAUCAACCUUGCUAUCGACGGCGCGACCAACUCAACACAAGACGAGAUUUUCGCGCGACACAAGGUCACGGGCCAGCAGAUGAUGCUGUGGAUAAAUUUGUUCAGUACAGCCGUGACUGUUGUGCUCGAAAUGCUGCCACUUCCUUAUAUUCCCGUCAUUCAUCCUUCCGAAACUGGCACAGAAUGGAACACGGCCCUGACGUUCAUUCGCGAGCACCCAUCCAUCAAGCUUCCGCUGUUGCAGUUUGCGAUUACGGGUGCACUUGGCCAGCUGUUCAUUUUCGAAACACUCCAGCACUUUGGCUCGCUCACUCUUGUAACAAUAACGUUGACGCGCAAGGUAUUCACGAUGCUGCUGUCUGUCGUCUGGUACGGUCACAAGUUGUCGCCUGCACAAUGGAUUGGUGCUGGAGUAGUUUUUGCGGGCAUCUCGGUCGAGGCAUUUGUCAAGACACCCAAAGGCGUACACGUCAAGAAGGUCGUCCAGGAGAAGGAGGUGGCGAAACUUAAGUCGGUUUAA